GUCAUUGUAUGAUCAAUAAAUAUCAAGAGAGAAUAUAACAUAAGAGGGAGGACAUCUACAAUUUCUUGAUGGUGUAGUCGCUUCCUCUAACUAUCAGUUGGCAUGAGGUAUUCUUUGUGACUAUUAGUAGGUAGCUCAUAAUAAAUCGAUGAAAAAGGAAAUAAAAUUUAUUAUGAAUGAAACAUCACAAUUAUAUAAUAAAAAUUAAAAUUUAAGAUAAUUUAUUUCUGAGGAUAGGAUCAUCAAUAUAAAACUCGUAAUGAACUCGGGGAGGGAAAAAAAUAAAGGGUUUCUAAAAAUUGGUUCUCGAAGUUCAUUCCUGUCCAGUCCUCUGGACUCUUGAGCGCAGAUCGUUGACGGGUAAACCCCAGCCCUAAACUCUCCAACGAUAACUGUAUCCAGUUCCGUUCAGAGAGAGAGAGAGAGGGAUGGGGAGGAAGAAGGGGACGGUGGAGUUUGAAGAAGGUGCGCCGGACGACUUCGAUCCGGCGACGCCGUACAAGGACCCCGUGGCGUUCCUGGAGAUGAGGGAGCACUUGGUGAGGGAGAAGUGGAUCGACAUCGAAACCGCCAAGAUCAUCCGUGAGAAGCUCAAGUGGUGCUACCGCAUCGAGGGCGUCAACCACCUCCAGAAGUGUCGCCACCUUGUCCAACAGUACCUCGACUCCACCCGUGGCAUCGGCUGGGGCAAGGACGGUCGUCAUCCUUCCCUCCAUGGUCCUAAGGUCGAGUCCGAGUAAUUGAUUUCCCAACGGAAUUUUCGAGGUGACUGAAAAUUUCACCAGUGGUCGAAUGCAUCAAGUUGGGAGAUGUUGUGGCAUUGUAACGUGGAAUAGCCAGUUUGGUUGGCAUUGUUGUUACUGUGUUUCAUUGGCAUGCCCAGACAUUUUUCUUCUCUUUCCUUUAAAUAUUUUUUCUUACCCCUUGUACACAGUUGCUUGGAUUGCUUUUCUCAGAUUUCUGCUCAUCUCACAUCGGAUGGAAUAAAUCAAUAAAAUUAUCUCACAUUGCUUCCA